AUGGCUCCUCCUCCGCGUCGCGAUCUCCUCCACAAGGACCACUUUGCGUUCGUGUUUGGAAGUGCAAAGACCCAAAACUACUAUGAUCCUGCUGCCAAGGGACCGGGAUCUCACACCAUCCGAACACUUGCCUGGAACCCCACUGGCCAAUUGAUAGCUACCGGUUCAGCAGAUCGCACUCUACGGAUCUGGAACCCCGAUCGCGCUAAUGUCCGCUACUCCACCGAACUGCGCGGCCACACCGCCGGCAUCGAGAAAGUCCUCUUCAAUCCAGUCCGAGACGCAGAGCUAGCCAGUUGCUCGACAGAUGGUACAGUGCGCUUCUGGGAUGUACGCUCCAAGACCUGCGUAAGCAAGCUCGACGUCGGCGGCGAAGCAUUCACUCUCUCCUGGUCUGCAGACGGCACGACAAUGAUCGUUGGCACGAAGGUAAACACCAACCGGUCUCCCAAGCCGGUCCCUGGAUCGCGAAAGCAAAAGCAACCCCCUAACACACACCUUACCCAGGAUGACACAUUGAUCCCCAUCUCCGUCGAAUGCCCAUCCACAGUAACCGCCCACCCAGACGGCGCAAAUGCCCUAAACCUCCCCUCCUCCCAACCAGGCACAACAACCUACACAGCCCUCGCUCCACACCCGCAACCCGUCCAAACAAAUGCCACAACCUUCUCCUGGUGCAUGCCGACCCCAGAACGGCCCGAGCAACACUUCUUUACCACAACCGGCGAAGGCAAGGUCAAAAUCCUCUCCUACCCCUCCUUCAACGUCUUGUACACACUCAACGCCCAUACCUCCGCCUGCAACGCCGUCGCCCUCGCACCUACGGGCCGGUACCUUGCAAUCGGCGCUAGCGACGCUCUGAUCUCCCUCUGGGAUACGACAGACUGGAUCUGCCAGCGCACGCUGUCAAGCGAGAAUGGCGGUGCUAUCCGCGGUGUGAGCUGGAGUUUCGAUGGCCGCUAUAUCUGCGGCGCUUGUGAUGAGCUUGGAUGCGGUGGAAAUGGUCUUGAGAUCUUCCAUGCUGAGUCUGGGGAUAGUAUCUACACUAUUCCUACUGCUGGUGCUAAUGCUGGUGUUUCGGCUGUUGCGUGGCAUCCUUCGCGUUACUGGCUGGCUUACUCGACUACUACUGAUGGUCCCGGUAGUUCCAGUUCCGGGGGUUUGAAGAUUGUCGGUGCCGCGGGUGGUGGGCUGUGA